GGCCGGCGGCAGCGGGCUGGUCUCCGUGUAGUCCUUCUGUCUGGAAGUCGGGGCGAGCCCGUGAGCCGUGAGGUAACUUGGCGCCUUGCCCCCCACGGGGAGCCCUUGUGUCGCUGAGCCUCGCGGGCGGGGCUGGAAUUCAACUUCGGUAACUUGACUUGGUUCAGCCUCUUUACCUAAAACUCCCCAGAAGCGCUACCUGAGGGGGGAAGCUCCGUCCCCAGGCCGUUGAGGGGACAGAGUCUCUGCCGCCUACGUUCAGGGCCAAGCCCCAGCCUCUGGCUGGGGAGAUGCGAGUGUAGUGCAGUCAUUUGGGGGUUUAGUAUUCCUAUAAAAACGGCUCCUGCACAGAGAGCCGCUCUAAGGGAUGUGCCUUGAGGCUGGAGAACAUUCCUCUGAAAUAGCCAUGUCACCGCGUUUCCAGUCCAAACGUAUCCUUUCAGCGUGUACAGCCACAGAGUGCUUGUUGAAUGAAGUUAGUGGGUUUGUAAUUAGAAUGCCUAGUAUUUCUAAAAAAAACUGUCAGCGUUCUAGGGUCCUGCAGUUGCUUUUGUUCAGUGCCAGUACCACAAAGGCAUUCUGUUGGCAAUAUUAAAAGAACAUGUAAAACCUAGACUAGAAACCCAUAACAACCAGUAAUGCAGCCCAGAUAAACUAACAGUGGUCUUGAUUAAAGGAGAUUGAGAAGUGGGUGGAGAGGGUUUUUUUAUUUAAAAAAAUAAAAUUGGCCAUAAAGACAUAUUUUCUUAAAUGUGCAUUACACUACAGACAGCUGCUUUACCACAGUGGUAGUUGGACCUAUCCAAUGUCUGAGAACACAUUUAAAAAUACCUUAUGUCUAGAAUCUGUUUACCACUCAUAUCCCACAAGCUAGAUCAAAGUCAGUACUUUGAAGUAAGUUCUCUUAGGAUCAUCUGGAUACUAGAAUAAGUGUCUUUUUUAGUAUGUCAGUAGUUGUCAUUAAUGCUUGGCGUUACUACUGAAGUAAAAUUUCAGCUUUGGCUAGGGAUUGCUUUGCUGCUGGGGCACCAUUUUGUUGUUUUUAAAAAAGAGGUAAGACGGAACCUCUCAUAGCUAUAUCCUUAGGAGAAAGAAGGAACAUUCUGAUAUCUAAUAUAAUUUUCCAACCUAGCAGCUGGACAUUGGUAUUUUAACUGUUCCUUCUGUUCUUGCUCACACAUCAUCAGCAGGAGACACCCUUAUUAGGGCCUUGUCUAAACAACCAAGUUUUGUUGCCAAAAACUGCUUUUUGGCAACCAAACAGUGUGUGCGUACACACUGCAAUGUGACUUUUGUCAGGGAAAAAUACCUGGUUUUGGCGACUAAAUACAUCCACCCCAAGAGACUUACAUCUUUUUCCUCUACGUUUUUUUCGACAAAGUGCCAGUGUAGACACCACGCUUGAUUUCAUUGCUUUAAUUGGCGUCCAGGAGGUGUCCCACAAUGCCCAUCCUGACCGCUUUGGUCAGCAGUUUGAAUUCCAUUGCCCUACAGCCAGGUAAACAACCAUCCGCCCCUCCCCCUUAGAAAUCCUGGGAAUUUUUGAAAUUCCAUUUCCUGUUUGCUUGGCGUGGAGAGGUCUCAUUGCAUCUUCCCAGGUGACCAUGGCAGCUUAUCACACCAAACACUCUCCUGCUUGGAUCACUGCAGAGCUGUUGGAUCUGAUCAGUAUAUGGGGAGAGGAGGCUAUGCAGUCCCAGCUGUGCUUGAGCCAUAGGAAUUGGGAUACCUAUGGACACAUUCCUUGAGGCUUGUGUGAAAAGGGCUAUGAUCAAGACACGCUACAGUGCAGAGUGAAGAUAAAGGAGCUGAGGCAGGCGUACUAUAAGGCAAGGGAGGCAAACCAUCACUCUGGUGCUUCACCUAAGACCUGCCAGUUCUAUAAGGAGCUGGACGCUAUUCUUGGUGGUGACCCUACCUCACCCCCAAGAGCCCCAUGGAUACUUUGGAGGGAAUGGAGGCGGCAGAAAGAGGACCUAACCCAGAGGAUGAAGUUAUUGAUGAAGAGGUGGAGUUAGAUGAGGAUAUGCAGCUCCUGGCAGGGUUGCUUGAUGGGGCAGGCAGCCAGGAACUGUUCUCAACUCCAGAGGUGUCUAGCCAGUCUCAGCAGUCGCUCUCCGGGAAGCAGGAGAUGAGACGCCUGAUGUGGCCUUCAGGAACACCCCACGCACCUCUUCCGAGCGUCUCCGCCAGAUAAGAAAGCGCCCAAGACGCAGCAAAGAAGACAUGUUCCAGGAGGUUUUUGAAAUUCCUAAAUACUUGGCCUUUUCUGAGUAAGUAAUAUGGAGAUGGAGAGGAUGAACACGGAUACGUCUGGUGAGGAGGAAGAGAAGGAAAACAUUGAAAGAAACUCUAGAGUUUGUACUAGCUGUGACAAGAUUCAUGAGUCCAUUUCCAAAUGGAUGCUUCCUGAAAAUGCCAGAGGAACCUACUUGGAAAGAGCAAACUGUAUCCCUCCUCCUCUCUUCAUCAUUUCCAUUAGUUUAGCUGAGCUGGCUGUAUUCAUUUAUUAUGCUGUUUGGAAGCCCCAGAAACAGUGGAUCACGCUGGAUACAGGUGUCUGGAACAGUCCCUUUAUUUAUAGGCCUGACAAGAGGGAAGAAACUUGGAGAUUCAUUUCAUAUAUGCUAGUGCAUGCUGGCAUUCAACACAUUUUAGGAAAUCUCUUUCUGCAACUUAUUUUGGGGAUCCCCUUAGAAAUGGUUCAUAAAGGGCAUCGGGUUAGUCUGGUGUAUCUCGCAGGAGUGAUUGGAGGUUCCUUGGCUAGCUCAGUCUGUGAUCCCCUCCAGGCUCUCGUAGGGGCUUCAGGAGGAGUCUAUGCUCUCAUUGGAGGAUACUUUAUGAAUGUUUUAGUGAACUUCAGAGAAAUGAUUCCUUUGUUUGGAGUCUUCAGAUUGCUCCUCAUCGGGAUUAUAGUUGGAACAGAUAUGGGAUUUGCUCUGUAUAGAAGAUUUAUCGCUCCUGUGAAUGGGCCUCAAGUGUCCUUUGUGGCUCACAUUGCUGGUGGCCUAGCUGGGAUGUCAGUAGGUUAUGUCAUUUUCAGCUGCUUUGAUAAGAACUUUAUAAAAGAUCCAAGAUUUUGGAUCUCCAUUGUUGCUUAUUUAGUCUUUCUGGUGUUUGCUGUAUUUUUCAAUAUCUUUCUUUCACCAGCAAACUAAACUGCACCACCCACAAAAGAAACACUUAAAUCAUCAGGAAGACAACUUUAAAAAAAAAAUUACCGUUUUAUAACUACAAAAGGACUCCAUAAAUGUUGCUUUUUUAAAUAAUGGUUGUGUACAGACUUUAAUUUUUAAAGCAUUGGACCAUCAUUUUUAUGGUUAUCCUAUCCCAGAAAUGAAAUAUAGUUAUUAAAAUAUGACCUUUUCAAAAUCAUAUGUAACCUUUUCUAUUUCCUAUUGCUUUUUAUACUGUUAAAGUAAAUAAACAUCAAGGGUUCCUGCUUGCUUUGGAAUAAUUCUUGCAGCUUUUGUUUUGAGCUUUUGUGACAUGAUUCAGUAAUAUUCAUUUGGAAGAAAUUACUUCUUCCAAUACCGGUUUUCUAACCUCAAAACCAGGAGAAAAAUGUUGAUCAGCACAAUAAAGAAUUCUUUUAGAGAAAAAA